AGUGUUGAAGAAUAAAACGGUUUGCUUCGACGGAGUUUCAAUUUCAUGACCAGGCACCGUUCGUUUUCGUUUCUUCGAUGAUCACAAGAAGAAUCCAUAGCCAUCAUCUCGAGUUGAGGGUAUUUGAACGACAAUCCCAAUGGCUUCUCCGAUCAUUCUCUCUGUGGUCAAUGAAGAAGGAUCCGGAGUUAGAAUCGGCACUCUCACGCAAUCGGCGAUGGGUGGUGAACAACCAGAUCAAGAACAUCAUCCUUCGCUACCCUAACAACGAAAUUCCGAUCCGAAACCUACAGAAGAAGUUCAAAACCCUAGAUCUCCAAGGCAAAGCCCUCAACUGGGUCUCCAAGUACCCUUGCUGCUUCGAGAUCCACGAUGACCGUUGCCGCCUAACCAAGCGCAUGAUGAACCUCGUCUCAGAGGAACAAUCCCUCAUCGACUCCCAGGAACCCCUCUUUGUUCGCCGACUCGCCAAACUCCUCAUGUUGACCCUCCACAAGAGACUCAGUGUCCUCAAAAUCAACGAAUUCAAGCGCUAUUUCGGGUUCCCCGAUGAUUAUAUACUCAGAAUUGUGCCUAAUUAUUCCAAUUUGUUCCGAAUUGUGAACGAGACUGGCAGAAGGAGUUCCAUGGCGGUUGAGUUGCUGCAUUGGGACCCUGAUUUUGCUGUUUCAGCGAUUCAAGCUUCGGCAAUGAAGCUGGGUACCCCACCGCGCUUUUCGUGUUCUUUGCCUUCCAGUUGGGUGAAAUCGUGGGAGCGAUUUCGUGAAUUCGAUUCAAUUCCUUACAUUUCGCCUUACUCAGAUCCAAGAGGUUUGGUGGACGGUUCUAUGGAGAUGGAAAAAAGGAAUGUGGGUUUGGUGCAUGAAUUGUUGUCUCUUACUCUUUGGAAGAAGGCCUCAAUUGUGAAGUUGGGCCAUUUUAGGAGAGAGUUUGCUUUGCCUGAUAGGUUAAAUGUGUUGUUGCUAAGGCACCCUGGCAUUUUCUAUGUUUCUAAUAAAUAUAAGAUUUACACUGUUCUUCUUAGAGAGGCUUAUGUUGGGUCUCAGCUUGUGGAUAAAGAUCCUUUGGUAGUUGUGAAGGAGAGAUUUGGGGAGUUGAUGCAAGAGGGACUUCAUGAGUACAAUCAAAGGCGACGCCUCCUCAAUGUGGAAAAGAGGAGGAACAAAGGUGUUCCUUUGAUUAGAGUAGAUGAUGUAAAGGGUAGAAGGAGAAGCCGUGAGGUUUCUGAUGAUGAUGAUGAUGGAGAUAACAAUGUGGGAGGGUUGUUUGACCCUGAGGAAAGAAAACGGUUUUAUAAAGUUCUUUUUGAUGAUGAUGCUUCUUGAAAUUCUGCUUAGCUCUAUAGAUUAUUGUGUAUUUGGUUUGCAUGGGUAGAUAUCGUUGCAUUCCACUAUUUCUUGAAAAUGAAUUGGACUUGGUUUACAAAGGUUAGUGAGGCAGAAUAAUAUUGAAACUUGUAUUCGUUGCAGAUUGAGUAGAGUAGGUUUAAGCCAUCGUUGGCAUGUACUGUGUUGUUUAUUAAUUCCUUCUCUGUUUAAGGGUGUUAGGGGAAAAUUAGUGGGAGAAAUUCAAUGUUUCUAAGUUUUUCUUAAGGAUCCCUGGAUUUCUCAAGGGUAAGUUAAUAUAUAUAUAUAUAUAUAUAUGAAAUGGACAAAGUCAAAGUGACCUAUAUGGCUUGUGGAGUGGAAGCCCAAUCACAAUAAUGUGAUUGUUCAAAAUGAGAAUGAAGUGGAAGAAAGGGAAUCGCAGAUCGGAAAAAUUAUUAUGAACAAUAUCAGAGCAGCAGUGGCGCCUCAGUUAGUUUGAAAUUGUUCCUCAGGAAACAAAUAUCAGACUUCCACAAGUAGUUCAUGAACUGAAGGAUUAUUAGAAAAGUAAAUAUUCAAGAUACCUGUAAAUUUUUUAAUUAGUCCAUAUGAUUAAUUUCUCUGCUUAUUUAGUAAUAUGAUAAAUU